AUGACUUUACCAGUUGACUCAACUACGUACCAUUGGCAAUGGCCAAAAGAAGAAAGUUCACAGCUGGAAUCAACCCCUCUCUUAUCCUCUGACAAACCGAGGCAGAACCAGAAACACAACUGGGACAGAUGGAGGAUUGUCUUUCCUAGUAAUGCUAGAUUUCAAAAGGAGUUGGAAAGAGUCCUGAAGACAUAUUGCAAAAAUGGGAUACGAACCACAAAAUAUACUUUGCUGACCUUUGUACCCCAAAAUCUCUUUGAACAAUUUCACAGGUUGGCCAACAUUUAUUUCCUCAUCUUGGUGAUCAUCAACUGGUUCCCACAACUGGAAGUUUUUCAGAGGGAUAUAACAAUGGUACCUUUAAUUGCUGUGCUUUUAGCUAUAGCAGUUAAGGAUGGCACUGAAGAUUAUAAGAGAUACAAACUGGAUCAGCAGAUCAAUUCUUCUAAAACAAAGGCAUACAAUAAGAGCCAAAACACCUACAUUGAGAAGUGCUGGAAAGAUGUUCAAGUGGGGGACUUCGUGCAGCUGCAGUGCAAUGAGGUCAUUCCUGCUGAUAUUCUACUGCUCUACUCCUCUGAUCAGAACAGGAUCUGUUACUUGGAGACCGCAAAUCUUGAUGGCGAGACCAACCUUAAACAAAGACAAGUUGUGAAAGGCUUCUCCCAUCAGAAUAUGGAAUUUGAGCCAGAACUGUUCGAAAAUAUCAUUGUCUGUGAAAAACCUAACAAUGAUCUCAAUAGAUUUACAGGCUACAUGGAACAGCCUGAUUGCACACGAAUUGGACUUGACAAUGAAAGCCUUCUUCUUCGUGGUUGCAUAAUAAGGAAUACAGAGGUUGCAAUUGGAAUUGUUAUCUACGCAGGCCACGAAACCAAAGCGAUGUUGAAUAACAGAGGUCCUCGUUAUAAACGCAGCAAGAUAGAACAACAGAUGAACAUGGAUAUAUUCUUCUGUGUGGGACUGCUCUUCAUCAUGUGUCUCAUUGGAGCAUUAGGUCAAAGUAUUUGGAAUGGAAGUUUUCUCACCCACCCCUUAUUUAUCAUCCCAGACAUAAAUGGCAACUACCUUGCUCCAGCUCUUGCAGGUUUCUACACAUUCCUGACAAUGAUCAUCCUUUUACAGAUCUUAAUUCCUAUCUCCCUCUAUAUAUCAAUUGAACUAGUCAAGUUGGGCCAAGUCUUCUUGAUUCAUAAUGAUAUUGCCUUGUAUAAUGAAGAGCAAGAUUUGCCCAUACAGUGCCGAGCACUCAAUAUCACUGAAGACCUUGGACAAGUUCAAUAUAUCUUCUCUGACAAAACAGGGACACUGACAGAGAACAAGAUGGUAUUUCGAAGAUGUACAAUUAAUGGGAAAGAAUUUUCACAUCAGGAAAAUGCUAAACGGUUGGAUUCAUACAAGGAAAUUGAUUCAGAGAAUGAAGACUGGAAAAAGCAUUUGAGCCUCCCUUCUAAAGUUGGAGAAACAAUCACAGCAACACAGAGAAACAAUGCUAGGCCUUUGCAAAGAUGUCAUAGUGCUCGUCCCUAUUUUCAGGGACAUGCAAGAAAGAAAUAUCAGGGUCUCUGGGGAAUUGCUCCAUCUCAGGUGGCAUUUAGCAGCACCCUUGAGAAAGAUGUGACCCCUGACAACAGGCUGCUGAUGAAAAUGAAGAACCUCUCAUGCCCACCAGAAUCUUUGAAAUCCUUUACCACUGGAGAAGCCACGUCUUCCAUCACAGAUUUUUUUCUUGCUUUGACCCUCUGCAACACGGUAGUGGUCUCUACAGCAACUGAACCAAGGCAAAGGGUUACGACUCCAUCACUGAUGAAGCAGUCAGGACUCUCCCUGGAGAAAAUUCACCAGCUGUUCCAGUGGAUGAAGUUGGCAAGCCUCAGCCAGACAUCGGUUCAAUCGAGUUCAGACUUAGGAGAGAGUAUUAACACAGAGAGCAGCACUGCCUAUGCAGAAUCAAAAAUGAAAGAUGAAUGUCCUACUCAAAGCUGUUCUAGCUUAACAGAUGAUGAGAGUCUUGGAAGGGAGUCCUUCAGUGAGAACGACCUCUGUGGGGUUUCAGAUCCCUCUCCAAAUGAGAGGAGCUUUGCAGGAAGAGACCAUGGGCCUUUGCAAGGAGAAUUUUGUUAUGAGGCGGAAAGCCCAGAUGAAGCAGCUCUAGUCCACGCGGCCCAUGCCUACCAGUUUACAUUAGUCUCCAGAACUCCUGAGCAAGUGACUGUAAGGCUGCCGGAAGGAACUCUUCUAACCUUUGAUCUCUUGUUCACCUUGGGAUUUGAUUCCAGCAGGAAGAGGAUGUCGGUGGUAGUGAGGCAUCCCCUCACCAAAGAAAUCAUAGUCUAUACCAAAGGGGCAGACUCCGCCAUAAUGGAUGUAUUGGAAGACCCUACCAAAGCUAGUGUGGCCAUGGAAAAAAGGAUACGAAGAGUGAGAACACAAACACAAAAACAUUUAGAUUGGUAUGCACGUGACGGUCUGAGAACUCUAUGCAUAGCAAAGAAGAUUUUAAGUGAAGAGGAAUUUCGAAAAUGGCUCAACUUUCAUCAUGAGGCAGAAAUAGCUAUUGACAACAAAGAUGAACUUUUAAUGGAAGCAGCACAACAUCUGGAAAGUAAACUCACCUUAUUAGGAGCAACAGGGAUAGAAGACCGGUUGCAAGAAGGAGUGCCUGAUACCAUUGCUGCCUUCAAAGAAGCUGGAAUCCAAACAUGGGUAUUAACUGGAGAUAAGCAGGAAACAGCUGUCAACAUCGCCUAUUCUUGCAAACUUCUAGACCAAAGAGACACUGUCUUUACCAUUAAUACCGAAAGUAAGGAAACUUGUGAAUCGCUGCUGGAUAUCAUGUUGGAAGAGGUGCAGAAGGGUCAAGUAAUUCCUCGAAAAAUAUGGAGCAUUUUUGGCUUUAAACUGCCAUUUUCUUGGUCAACCACAGGACUUCCAAAUCCGGUUAUUGGACUAGUAGUUGAUGGAAGAGCUCUGAGUACUAUUUUCCAAGGACAACUUGAGCAUAAGUUUCUUCAACUUACAAAAUAUAGCCACUCAGUUCUAUGCUGCCGAUGUACUCCCUUGCAGAAAAGCAUGGUGGUCAAACUUGUACGGAAUCAGCUGAAAGUGUUGACCCUUGCAGUAGGCGAUGGCGCAAAUGAUGUAGGUAUGCUCCAGGCAGCUGAUAUUGGAAUUGGCAUUUCUGGACAAGAAGGUAUGCAGGCUGUCAUGGCCAGUGAUUUUUCAGUAUCUCAGUUUAAACACCUGAAGAAGUUACUUCUAGUCCAUGGACAUUGGUGCUAUUCUCGCUUGGGAAAGAUGGUGCUAUACUUUUUCUAUAAAAAUGUGACCUAUGUCAACCUUCUCUUCUGGUACCAGUUCUUCUGUGCUUUCUCUGGGGCUUCUAUGAUAGACUACUGGCAAAUGAUAUUUUUCAACUUGUUUUUUACAUCUGUACCACCAUUAAUUUCUGGAGUUCUGGAUAAAGACAUUUCUGCAGAAACCCUAUUGAACAUUCCUGCACUUUACAAAAGUGGACAAAAUUCAGAGAUUUACAAACCUCUAACAUUUUUCCUUGCUAUCUUGGAUGCCUUCUACCAGAGUCUCAUUUGCUUCUUCAUCCCUUAUCUAGUAUAUCAGGAUUCUGAUACUGAUGUUUUCGCUUUUGGAACAGUAGUCAACACUGGUGCCCUUCUUACUAUUCUUUUUCACCAAGCUUUAGAAAUUCAGAUGUGGACCCUGUUCCAUGGAAUUGCAAUAACUGGGAGCAUUUUGCUCUACUUCAUUUUCUCAUCCAUCUACAAUGCAACCUGUGUCCUUUGUAACCAUCCCUCAAAUCCCUACUGGAUUAUGGAGAUGGAAUUUUCGGAGCCAAACUUUUAUUUCACAAUCAUUAUUAUGCCAGUGGUAGCACUUCUCCCAAGAUAUCUUAUAUUGGCUCUGCAAGGGACUUUCAACAUAUCUUGCAUCCUGAAAGCACAACAACUGGAGAAGUUGCCGAAAGAACAACAGGACUGGGAAAUACAGAAAUGGAAGCUGAUAAAAGAAGGCCCGGCAAUCCGCAGUAAUGGUCCUAGUCAACUCAGUGGAAAUAUUUGUGAUCACGCAGCACUUGGGCUUCCUGAGACCAAUGUUCCUCAGGGCCUCAGGCCUUUGCAGAAAGAAAUGCUUGAAGAAAGGACUUUGAAUGAGGAAGCCAAGGACAAUGCCAAAAAAUGCACCCAAGAAGAGACUGGACAACUUACAGCUGUGGAGCCAUUUGCUGGCCAAAUCCCCCAGAACCCUGAAAGUUCUGCUCAGAGAAGCCAUCAGAGGUCUGUGAGUGCAGUGACUUUAUAAAGGAAGCACAACUUUCAAGGGGAAAAGUAAAAAUUGACUGCUUUCCCAGCCUCACUCUCCACAAAUAAAGGCAAUGGAAGGAAAAAUAGAAUUCCUUUUUUUUAUUACAUAGCAGCAAUGUCCAGAUGGCAAACCUAAAAUAAAA